UGUGUCAGCGCUCAGCAGAAGAGCAGUCAGAUGAGCAAGAAGAAGGCAGCAGGAAACCAGGACGAGAUCAUGGUGAUCCGUAAAGGCUGGCUCACCAUCAACAACAUCGGCAUCAUGAAGGGCGGAGCCAAGGAGUACUGGUUCGUCCUGACGGCAGAGACGCUGUCAUGGUACAAAGAUGAUGAGGAGAAGGAGAAGAAGUACAUGCUGCCAGUGGACAACCUGAAGCUGAAGGACAUCGAGAAGAGCUUCAUGUCCAGCAAACACAUCUUUGCCCUGUUCAACACCGAGCACCGGAAUGUGUACAAAGACUACCGUCAGCUGGAGUUGGCCAGUGAGUCUCAGGAGGAGGUGGACAGCUGGAAGGCUUCUUUCCUACGAGCCGGAGUGUACCCUGAACGCAGCGUGGACAAAGAGAAGAGUCGCACCAAAGACCAGUCCAGUGGUGACGGUCAUAUCCACAGUCUGGACCCUCAGUUGGAGCGACAGGUGGAGAUCGUCAGGAACCUGGUGGACUCGUACCUGUCCAUCAUCCACAGAACCGUCCGAGACCUGAUCCCCAAAACCGUCAUGCACCUGAUGGUCAACAACACGAAGGAGUUCAUUCACGCCGAACUGCUGGCUCAGCUGUACUCCUGUGGAGACCAGAACACCCUGAUGGAGGAGUCACAGGAACAGGCGCAGCACCGUGAUGAGAUGCUGCGGAUGUAUCACGCUCUGAGGGAGGGCCUCAACAUCAUCGGUGACAUCAGCACGUCCACCAUCACUACGGCGAUGCCUCCGCCGGUCGAUGACUCGUGGCUGCAGGUGACCGGGAUGCCGUCGGGUCGAAGGUCUCCCAUGUCCAGCCCGACCCCUCAGCGCCGGGCCCCUCCUGGACCGCCCCGACCCGGCGGCCGGGCGGCUCCGGGGCCUCCGUCUCGACCCGCGGUGUCACCUGAUCCUGGACCGCCCUCAGUGCCAUCCAGACCCAACAGAGCUCCCCCACCUGGAGUCCCCAGUCGUCCCAGUAAAGGUAGCCCCGCCCACGGAGAGAGUCCCCAGUCUUCUAUUGAGGGUUGAACCGAGUGUGUGUUUGUGUCUCUACUGAACUGUUCUACUGUUCUCUGCCGAUGCUGUGUUACUGUGAACCUUACGAGUAAUAAUAAUAUUGAUGAGCACAUUAUGACUAUAUAGCAAACGAUCAGCAAACUCCUGCAAUACUGAGUGAACUUACCGUCUGCUGUCGGCCGGUGAGACUGGCGCCUGUCUGCCUCCUCAUGGGACGUUCCGUCAGCUUUAGAACGUUCUGUAGAUGCUGUUGAGGUAAAAACACCUCAUUCUGACCUGGACGUUCAGGUUAAAUCGGCUCCUGGAAUUAAAUCACGCUGCUGUGUUUUUGUUUUCAGUUUCUGCUUUUCUGUCUCGUAUGAAACCGAGAUGUUCUGAUUUAAGCACCAACAGAACUUUUCUUUACAGUGUAAAGUUUAAAUAUCGUUUGAACUUGUGUAUUUAUUAAUCUAUUUAUUGAUUUAUUUAUGAUCUGCAGUUCUUGUCUGUAAGAUGGAAAAUGUUUCCCACCAAACAGCUUUGACAUCAGUGUUCCCACCAUCUGCUGUGUUCUGUUCUACGGACAUGUGACGGAUCCCAGCUGCUUCUAACUGGUUCCAAUUUCUUCUGGUUCCUUUCAACAAGAGUGACUUGUUCUGUGUUGUUCCAACUGAAACUGACUGGUUCUAAAUGACAGUUACUGGUGGUUCUAACGGCUUUCUUGUGCUUGGUUCCACCGUGCUUCAAAUGGCUGCACCUGGUUCUGAUUUGUCUCAACAGAGACAUGAAGCACUUCAUACUGGUACCAGUUGUUUUCAGUUGGUACAACAUGUUCUGUCUGGUUCAAAUUCUUGCCAAAUUCCUGGUUCCAGUGUACUGCAGCUGGUUCUGACUGGUCCCAAUUGUUUCUAAAUUAUUCCUGGAGGUACUGAGAAGCUCCAGCAUCCUGCCACCUGUUCUGUCUCAUUCAGAUUGGUGCCAAUUGAUCCCAACUAGUUCUAAUUGAUACCAACAGGUUCUAAAUGGCUCUUAACUGGUCUCAGGGGAUUCUUACUGGUUUCAGUUGGUUUCAGCUGGUUCUAACUGGUUCUAACUUGCUGUAACUGGUCCCAGUUGGUUCAGACUGGCCUCAGAUUAUUCCUGUGAAGUUCCUCAGACUGCUGGUCUCAACCUUCUCCAGCUGCUUUCACUCAGAACACCUUGUUCUGUCUUGGCCCAGUGGUUGACCAAUUCUUGGUCCUAACAGGUUCCACUAUGCUCCUGCCGGUUCCGACUGGUCUAACUGCUUCCACAACAUUCCUGUUGGUACUAAGUAGCUCCAACUCAUUGGAUCCAACUGGUUCCAGUUGUUUUUAAUGGACUGUAUUAAGUUCCAACUGGGUCCAGACAGUUUUGACGGGUUACUUUUGGUUCCCAACAUUUUGUUUGUUUGUUUGUUUUGGUUGAAAGAAUCCAGCAGUAAAUAAAGUGUCACUUGGAAUUGUAUUAAAUAAUGUUUGUUAGGCCAUGAUGUAACUUUUGGUUUCUUCUGAUGUGUUUCAGUUUCUGAAUGUUUGAUGAACUAACUUUUUAAAGUGUUAAUUCAGUUGAUGACGAUCUGAUCAAUGAGUCUGAUCAAUGAAUUGGUUUUGUGAAUCUGAUCGAUCAAUCCAGGAGAGAAAAAACGCAGUCAGCAGUAUUGAUCCGUACUGACUGCAUGCGGUACGACAGCUUGAAUCAGACUGUAUGACGGGAAGCUGCUGAUCUAUCUAUUCUGUGUUUGUGUAUCGUUGUCAUGGUGAUAGUGUAGUUAGUCGAGCUCCGAGCUGCGUUCAGCUGCUUCACUGUUAGCAGAGCGACAGCAGGACGUGUUUGUAGCCGUGAAGUCCUCGUGUGUUCACUUUAGUGUCAGCAUGCUCACUAAACUCUGCUUUCCAAAGUGCUGUGUGACUCUGUGGUGAAGUGUUGACGUGUGCAGCAGCAUGUUGAACGCAGCUCAGGACGGUAGUUCAGUCUGUACCUAUCGAUGUCGUCCGUGUGCUGUUUACAGGAGAUAGUCAUAUAUCAGUGAGCAACAUGAAUAUAGAGCAUCUAUUAAAGUGAAAUAUGCAGCGGCCCACACUGUAGGGUGUGUGUGGGAGUGUGUGUUACAGUGUGUGAAUGUGUGUCGUUAGUUGUGUAUCUGAGUGUCAACACAGACGUGUUAACAUGAAUAAAGCUUUGUGUGACUGAA